AUGCAUUCCUCGUCUAUUCUCUUAGGUCUCGGCCUCACGACCUUAGUAUCAGCCGGCGGAUACUACCCACGAGCAGCAAAUACCAGCACCAAUGCCAGCUGCGUUGGCACCGGUGCAAUGCACAUGAUUGUUGCCCGAGCCAGUACCGAAGCACCAGGCGAAGGUAUCAUUGGAUCAGUAGCCACCAUGGUCAAAGCAGCAUUACCAGGCUCCGACUCCGAAGCCGUGGUAUACCCAGCUACACUCACCCAAUAUCAAUCCUCGGAAGCUUCUGGUGUAGCGGCUAUGACAAAACUCAUCCUGGACUAUGCGGCGAAGUGUCCAAGUUCUAAGAUUGCGGUUUUAGGAUACUCUCAGGGCGCGCAAGUUGCGGCGGAUGUUAUGUGUGGAACUUCGGAGACGGGAUUUAAUAUUAGUUCGAGUUCGCCUUUGUCUGCAGCUGUUUCUAAUAAUGUCGUCGCAAUGGUACUAAUGGGUGACCCAUCCCACGUCCCCACCGAAACAUUCAACGCCGGAACAUCCAAGAAAAACGGUCUCUUCCCCCGCCAAAACACAGCUGCCUGUCCUACUGAUAGAACAGUUUCUUACUGCGACGACAUGGAUGAAUUCUGCGACUCAGGAUCCUCCCUCCAAGUCCACCUUUCCUACGUCACCACCUACGGCACCGCAGCUGCUAAAUUCAUCACCGAUCAAGUUUCUGGACCAUCGAAUUCAUCUACAUCUACAACUACUUCUACAUCUAAUUCCGCAUCAACUUCUACUUCUAUUUCCAGCAGUACCAACGAAACAGCUAAAACAGCUGCUGCUGCCAGUAAAGAAGAUCUCACACGUGCUAGUACCAAUGAUGGAGUGAAAGUUAGUGCGAGAUGGGGUAUACUAUUUGCUCUUUUGGGGUUAGGAUUUAUGAUGUAG